AUGUUGUCAUCAGAGAGGCUUGUGUUUAUCUACGUGGGUGCUGAAAAUAUUAGGCAUGGAAGUUCUGAGCGUCUGCAACUCAAUGUCAUUUAUCAACUUCCCCACUACCAACAACACCUCUUCAUCUUCAUCAACCAUGCUGCUCCCUUUCGGGUUGCAGCGGCCACAGUCGUCACUGCCGGCGGCGUUUUAGUGCAAAAGCACUCAUACUCCAAAAUGACUUUCAUGAACGAGUGUUCGACCAACAUCGACUUGUACACUCACCUUACCAGCAUCUUCAACAUCCCCACGAACGAAAUUGACAGAAUCAUCUCGGGUGGUUCGGUCGUCAAGACCAUUAGAAGGGGCUACGAAGGUUACUUCCGUAACGGUUCGGACGACGCUGCCACGCUCAUUGGGAUUUCUACUACUAACGUCUUCCGCGAGGUUUUGUAUAACCUUAACGUCACCCCGCCGAAUCUGAAUCCCGGCUUUGAGUCUUGCAAGACCCUUGACGAGUGCAAGCAACACUCCAAAAGCGGCAUUGGUUUCAACACUCCCAUCCGGAUCACACCCAUUUCCAACACGAACGGCAAAAACUGCCGUGAAAUCACGUGUCUGGCUGACGGCUGCGAGGACGCGUACACUUUUCCAAAGGACGACAUCAAGACACACUCGUGUCGGUUCAACACGAACUACAAAGUGACUUUCUGUCCAUCACGUGAUACGACACCACAAGAAACGACGACUGCAGGCCCAUCGUUGACCGGUAACGAGACCACUCAAGUCUCUGAGACGACGACACCCGUAACGGUGCAGAGUAUGAAUAUUCCUGCGAAGAACGAAGGUGGAUAUGGUCAAUCGGACGGUGUGGUUUCUGAGGUGACCAAGAAGGUUGACACCCCUGCACCCACAGUGAAUGGAACUGACAUCCCUGCACCCAAAGUUGACACCCCUGCACUUAGUGCUGACACCCCUGCACUUAAUGCCGACACUCCUGUCACCAGACUUGACCAAGCACCGCGUCUAACUCAAAGCUCCGUGACGAAGCGUCUUGGGCGGCUCUUGCCGCACUCGAGUGCUCUUUUUGUAUGUGACGUACAAGAAAUAUUCCGCAGUCGGACGUUCCAGAUGCCGACUGUUAUCCAUGGCACCAAUACUAUGAUCUCUGCAGCCAAGCUUUUGGACAUUCCAAUGGUCGUAACAACACAAUACAGUUCCCGUCUAGGUACUACCGUAUCAGCAAUUUCAAAAAAUCUCAAGGACGUACAAAACAUCCAGAUUUUUGACAAGAUGAAGUUCUCCAUGCUGAUACCCGAAGUCGAAGAUCAUUUGACAUUUGAUCUACCACAAUGUAAAUCAGUUCUUCUUUGUGGUUUGGAGACUCACGUGUGCGUGUUACAAACGUGUCUUGAUUUACUGGAAAAAGGUUAUGAUGUUCACGUAAUCUCGGAUGCCGUCUCAAGCUCUACGAGUUACAAUCGUUCCAUAGCCUUAGACCGUAUGCGACAAUCGGGUGCCUAUAUCACAUCCGUCGAGUCUGCUAUUUUUCAAUUGACUCAUGAUGCCAGUAAUCCCGAAUUUAAGAAUAUUUCGAAACUUAUCAAAAAACAUCUUCAGGUGGAGAACGGAUUUGAGACGGGAGCACGAAUCGAAGAAAUGAACAAGUGA